AUGGCUCCAAAGCGCCUGCCCGUCACCACCCUCCUCCUGCUCCUCCUCUCGUCUUUCCUGGCCCUCCCCACGCGCGCGGACGACAAGUCAGCCGUAGAUGCGAUAUUCAAGGCCGCCGGCGCGUACACGAGCGGCGGGUCGCUGCCUCCAGUGUGCGAGCGCGGAGGAAUCACCUGCGAGAACGAGCGCGUGGUGCAAAUCGAAUUCUCGCAAUGCGCCGACCCGCCCGCCCCCACCAUGCUGGACGGCACGCUGCACUCGGCGCUGGGCUCGCUGGGUAGCCUGAGGGCGCUCAACUUGUCGUGCAACAGCCUGCGCGGCGCCAUCCCCAGCACGCUCACCAAGCUGCAGCACCUCACGGCGCUGGACCUGAGCUUCAACCGCCUGCGCACGCGCGUGCCGCGCCACCUCUUCCGCAUCCCCGCCGUGCACACGCUGCGCUUGCGCAACGCCGGGCUCUUGGGCUGGCUGCCCCGGAAACCCAGAAGCUUCUCCCACACGCUGCGCCACGUGGACCUGGCGCACAACCGCAUCUUCAACCGCUUCACCGGCACGAUCCCCGCGGGGCUGACUACGCUGCACAGCAUGGUGAACCUGAGGCUCGCAGGCAACCGCAUUGGGGGCGUUAUUCCGGCGGGGCUGACCCACAUGACAUGGCUGCAGGUGAUGGACCUGAGCCGCAACCAGCUGCGCACGCGCAUCCCCGCUGCCAUCCUCUCCAUGCGAUCCUUAGAGCAGCUGCACCUGCAGCACAAUUAUCUCCACGGCACCUUCCCCCGCACCCCGGUCGCCCUGUCCCACAGCAUCAAGCACUUGGACGUGUCACACAACGGGCUGUCAGGGCUGCUGCCAACGAUGCUGCAGAACCUGGGCAACCUCACGCACCUCAACGUGGCGUGGAACGGGCUGGACGGCACCGUGCCCACCACUCUGAACAACCUGCCCCUGCGCCACCUGGACCUCAGCCACAACGCCUUCAAAGGGUCGCUUGGGGUGACCGCCCAGGACGCGCUGUACGGGCAGAGCAACCGGUUUGACGGCGUGGUGGCAGCGGCGUUUGCUGAAGGGAACAAGGGAAGUAGCGCGCUCCCGACCCUUGUCAACUGCCCGGCGGUGCUGGACAUAUCGAACAACGGGCUGCAAGGCGAGCUCACAGCGGCCAUGCUGGCACCCUGUGUCGACGCCGCGCCUCUCACAGACCUCGACCUCUCGAGCAACAAGUUCACCGGACCCAUCCCCGCCGCGCUCUCGCAACUCCGCUUCCUCCACUGUCUCAACCUCAGCCAAUACGCGUUCUUCGGCACCAUUUCCUCCGGCUUCGGCGAGCUGUGCUUGCUGCGCGAUUUCGACCUGUCGUAUAACCGCCUCGAAGGGAUCAUUUCGGGGAAUCUGGGCGACAGCUUGGCGCUGAAGACGGUCGCGCUGGGCGGGAAUCGUCUGGUCUGGGAAGUGCCUUACUGCCUGAGGAAGUUCCCCGUGGCGAGCUUCAGGCCCGACAACUGGCAGCUGUGUGGCACGCCGCUGCCCGCCUGUGUCCCCGCUGAAGCCAUGAUGUAA